GGGGCGAUGCUAGGGGUGGUGACCGGAAGCGGCUGUGGUUCUCAGCCACGGUUGAACAGUUGUUGUCAGGAGGAUCUCAGUGCUCUGUGCCGGAGGCGUUUCGCAGGGAUGCGGCCCUGGGGAGGGUUUCUUGGAGUCUCUGUGGAGCUCCUGGACCAGACCCCACAGUGAAGGCUACAAGAUCUUCCUUCUGGUCCCAGAAGCUCUGUUUGAGUCCACAGACCCUGCCUGUCCCUAGGUUCCUGGUAAGAGCGGAGUUGUCAGCAAAAGAGCCUGAGGCCUGAGGCCCAAGUAAACAUGCCAGCCAACCAGAGCUCUCCCCAGUGGUCCCUGGCCCUGACUGCAGGAGGAAGAGACAGCUCCUGUGAGGUCUCAGUGUCACUUGAGGAUGUGACUGUGAACUUCAGCAGGGAGGAGUGGCAGCAAUUGAACUCUACUCAGAGACGCCUGUACCAGGAGGUGAUGCUAGAGAACUACAGCCACCUGCUCUCAGUGGGGUAUGAAGUUCCCAAACCAGAGGUCAUCUUCAAGUUGGAGCAAGGAGAGGAGCCAUGGAUAUUGGAGGGAGAAACCCCACAUCAGAGUUGUUCAGAUGGGAAGUUUGGGAUUAAGACCUCACAAAAAAGAAUUUCUGGGAAAGCUUCAUUUCAUAGUGAAAUGGAGGGUGAAGAUAUAAGAGAUGAUUCAUUGUAUUCCAUUUUAGAACUGUGGCAAGAUGCUGAACAGAUGAAAAGAUAUCCGGAAAAACACAGCCAACCUGUGAGUCAUGCUACAUUUCUAAAUAAGAAAAUAUUGAAUACGGAGUGGCAUUAUGAAUAUAAAGACAACAGAAAAUUUGUUUCUCCAAGCCCCAAUCAUAUUAUUGCCUCACAGAAAAGUCCCCAUAAAUGUGACUCAUUUGAAAAGGGUUUUAAGCAUGAUUUAGAUUUAUAUAUUCAUUCUAAAAACAAAGCAACAAAGAACUUUGAUAAAAUUAAUAGACACAGUCAAAAUUUCACCCAGAGUUCUUUUACUAACCAUGAAAGUAUGCGUACAGGAGUGAAAUUUUGUGAAUGUAAUCAGUGUGGAAAAGUCCUCAACCUCAAACAAGCACUCAGUCGCAAUCUGAAGUUUCCUGUUGGGGAAAAAGGAAAUAUGUGUACUGAAUUUAGGAAGAUAUUCACCCAGAAGUCACACCUCUUUGCAUCUCAGAGAAUACAUACUAUGGAAAAACCUCAUGAACUUAGCAAAUGUGCAAAUGUUUUUACACAAAAGCCACUACUCAGCAUAUAUUUGAGAGUUCAUAGAGAUGAAAAACUGUAUGUAUGUACUGAAUGUGGGAAGGCUUUCAUCCAGAAUUCAGAAUUAAUUAUGCAUGAGAAAACUCAUACUAGAGAAAAACCCUAUACAUGCAGUGAAUGUGGAAAAUCAUUUUUCCAGGUGUCAUCUCUACUUAGGCACCAGACAACCCAUACUGGAGAGAAACUCUAUGAAUGCAGUGAAUGUGGGAAAGGCUUCUCCCUGAACUCAGCUCUCAGUGUACAUCAGAAAAUUCAUACUGGAGAGAGACACCACAAAUGCAGUGAGUGUGGGAAAGCCUUUACCCAAAAAUCAACACUUAGGAUGCAUCAGAGAAUUCAUACAGGAGAGAGAUCCUAUAUUUGUACUGCAUGUGGGCAGGCCUUCAUCCAGAAGGCACACUUGAUUGCACAUCAAAGAAUUCAUACUGGAGAGAAGCCUUAUGAAUGCAGUGACUGUGAGAAAUCUUUCCCUUCUAAGUCACAACUCCAGAUGCAUACACGAAUUCAUACAGGAGAGAAACCCUAUAUAUGCACUGAGUGUGGGAAGGCCUUUACCAACAGGUCAAAUCUCAAUACUCACCAGAAAUCUCAUACUGGAGAGAAGUCUUAUAUAUGUGCUGAAUGUGGUAAAGCCUUCACGGACAGGUCAAAUUUCAAUAAGCACCAGACAAUUCAUACUGGAGAAAAACCCUAUGUUUGUGGUCAUUGUGGGAGGGCUUUUUUCCAGAAGUCCGAAUUAAUUACACAUCAGAGAAUUCAUACUACAGAGAAGCCUUAUAAAUGUCCUGACUGUGAGAAAUCCUUCUCCAAGAAACCACAUCUCAAAGUACAUCAACGAAUUCACACAGGAGAAAAACCAUAUAUAUGUGCAGAAUGUGGUAAAGCCUUCACUGACAGGUCAAAUUUCAAUAAACACCAGACAAUUCAUACUGGAGAAAAGCCCUAUAAAUGCAGUGACUGUGGAAAGGGCUUUACUCAGAAAUCAGUUCUGAGUAUGCAUCGUAAUAUUCAUACAUGAAAGUAACCCUGUCUCUUAAAAAUGAGAAAGCCUUAUCACAGAAGUCAGGUAUAAGGGUAUAUUAUAAAAUUCAUCCAAGACAGACCCUAUAUGAAUAUAUGACAUAGUAAAAAGUAUUUGUCAGGCUCUCUCACUUGAGGUAAAAAAAAAUUAUUUAGAUGAUAUCCUCUUAGAAUGCAUUGAAUGAAGGGGAAUUUUCAUAUUUGCACAGCCUCACAAAAUACAGGGUGUCUCAAAAAUGUAUACACACUUUGAGAUAUAAUCAGUGUUUAUUAACAUACAGU